AUGGGUGCGAACCGUUCUUCGAAGGAGGCUUGGUUCUCCAAGCUCAACGAGCUGCUCGACGAGUACGAGUCGAUCUUUGUGGUGAACAUUGACAACGUCACCUCGCAGCAGAUGCACCAGAUCCGUCAGGCUCUGCGUGGCGAGGCCACGGUGCUCAUGGGUAAGAACACCAUGGUGCGCCGCGCCCUGCGCCAGGUGAUCGCGGAGCGCCCCGAGUUCGAGCGCCUGAUGCCGUUCGUGCGUGGCAACGUCGGCUUCGUGUUCACCUCGUCGGACCUGAAGGACGUGCGUACGAAGAUUCUCGACAACCGUGUGGCCGCGCCUGCCCGUGCUGGUGCCUACGCGCCCGUCGACAUCUUUGUGCCCGCCGGCAACACGGGUAUGGAGCCCGGUAAGACCUCGUUCUUCCAGGCCCUCGGUGUGCCCACCAAGAUUGCCCGUGGUACGAUUGAGAUUGUCUCGGACGUGAAGGUCGUGGAGGCUGGCAACCGUGUCGGCACUUCGGAGGCUACGCUGCUGAACCUGCUGAACAUCUCGCCGUUCACCUACGGUAUGACCGUCGUGCAGAUCUUCAGCAACGGCAACGUGUUCGGCAGCGACGUCCUCGACGUGAGCGAGGAGGAGCUGGUGGGCCGCUUUGUCAGCGGUAUCCAGCAGGUCGCGUGCGUGUCGCUGGCCCUCAACUACCCGACGCUCGCCUCGGUCAUGCACUCGCUGGUCAACUCGUACAAGAACGUGCUGGCCAUCUCGCUCGGCACCGAGUACGAGUUCGAGGGCUCGGCCAAGCUCAAGGAGAUGCUGGCCAACCCCGAGGCCUUUGCGGCGGUCGCGGCGGCGGCUGCCCCGGCCGCGCAGGCCGACGCCCCGGCGGCCGAGGAGGCCAAGGCCGAGGAGCCCGCUGAGGAGUCGGACGACGACAUGGGCUUUGGCCUGUUCGACUAA